AACUAUAAACAAAACGUGAUGCGAAGAAGGUGGGCGUUUCUGUCUUAAAAUAAAAUGCCUUCGGCAACAGUAACAGUCAGGGAGUUAAAGAACAAAGAGACUGGCAUUGACAUAACGAUUCCCCGCAUCACCCAAGAAAAGGGGCUUCUACAGUCAACAUAUGAAUAUCAGGUCGUAGUGGUGUCUAAUCUACCGUUCUUCAAAAGUCCAAAACACAAAGAGAACGACGUUGUUCAAUUCAUGGUAAAGAAGAAGUUUGCAGAGUUUGAGGACUUAUGGUCCAAGUUAUAUGAGAAGUACCCAGCUACAGUGCUUCCCCCUUUACCAAAGAAAGCCCUCCUGGUGAAUGAUAAGGUGGCAACAGAUAGGAGAGCAGGCUUAGAGAGAUUUCUUAGUUUCCUUGCUGUUACCCCUAAAGUCUGCACUUCUUCUCUAUUACUGGAAUUCCUAGGUGUUAAUGCAAUAAAAGCUGGAAAGUAUACACAGGAAGGACUGAAAAAUGAAGAAGAGACUGAGGACAAAGAUAAACAGUCAGAUAAACAGUCAGAAGAUAACAAAGAGAUAACGUCAGAGGCUAGUAAAGGUGGUCUGUUUGAGGAGGAGGAGGAAGAGGAGGAAGAAGACUUAUUUAAUGAUGAGGAAGACACAGAGGUCAUCCCUGAGAUAACAACAAGAGGAGGGCAGGAUUCAGAUACAAAGCUCUUUGACUAUCCUGUUCUUGGCGGGAAUUUAGAGGAUGACGAAAAAAUGUUCUUGGUGUCCGACAACAAAGAACCAACAGAACCAAGCUCGGCAGCUCUUCAGCAAGAAGAGGAUAAUUCAGACCUUCUGACUGUUGAAGAUGACUUGGAUGAACUUUUUGUUAGUCAACCCAAACCAAAGAUUGAAAGUGACGAAAAAGCAAAAAUCAAUCAAACCCAACCCAAACCGUUACUUAAACCUAAACCAGGACCGGCAAAUACAUUGUCGGAGAGCCAAAAACCUAUACUACGUCCUAAACCUAAGGUUGGAUUAAAACCAGAACUUAAACCAAAGCCAGUAUCAAAACAGUCACCCGUGAUUCCAUCCCAAAGCGAGGAUACUUCCGGUAUAAGUGACCUAGAUACAGAUGAUAUUAUGAAGUAUAUUCAAAGUGCCGGAGAGACGCAAGAGGACGUGGACUUGUUUUCCUGAUUAAAUCUGCGCUCGGUUUAGUUUCUUCCGUAAAUUGUUUCCGUUAUUUAAAAAAAUAUAUGUGCCAUAACUUGUUAAAUCACCACAUACAUUGUAUACAUGUAACGAUUGACACAGUCUUCCGUGUUUCAUUUGAUCAUAAGAAAUAAACAU